AUGACGACAAAAUCGGCCAGGGAUGACCGGAGGCAGUAUUGGAUUGAAAUAGCGACCUCCAUGGAACAGGCCUCGAACGUUGGUGACACUCGAAAACUCCACCAACUUAUCCGCCAAGUUAGCGGUAAGCUCUCUACACUGAGUGACUCAUUUCGUGACGUGAAUGACGACUUUAUAGCUGACAACUCGGCCAAAGUCGAACGCUGGCGUGAGCACUUCGAGCACCACCUCAACCUCGAUACCCAACCUACCUCGCCCUUGCUCUCCUCUUCAGUGAAAUGUCUUCCCUCUCCCACCUAUGCAGUGCCAUGCGACCCCCCCCCCUCUGAAGGAGAAGUCGUCGAUGCCAUACGAAAGCUACACAGCAAUAAGGCACCCGGAGAGGACGGUAUACGCACUGAAAUCUCCAAGUCAUGUGUCGACACUGGCACCCUCGCUCUGUGA